CGUCCAAAGUGCCUUCCUCGCCGACAGAGUGCCGCGCAGCUCCUGUUGAAAUUGCACAUACUUUGAUCGUCGUCCGCCUUGCAGACGCUCGCUGUUACAUAACCAGGACCGACUUCCAGACGCCGUCCUGCCUUGAUCACAUCUGAACAAGUGUACAUGGUGUUGCCGUAUAUUCUUCAGCGCCAUCAACUUCCUGUCCGAACAUUUGUAAACUCUCGUCUCGUCUCGUCUUACAUAGUCGUUAUCGCUUCCAUCUCUCGACCUAUCUGUACACUGGUCUAUAAUGUCUUCCUCUUUCUCGUCGCAGCCCCGUCCCAUCACUAUGACUGGCUUCUCGCAGCCGAUCAGGCCUCCCACCAGCGAAGGUCGCAACGGCCAACCUACCUCAGCCUCGUCCACCAACAAUCUGACGAAAUGGCAAGGCACUUCCAACAUAUGGAGCACAAGCUUCAACCCUCCGCCAUCAACUUCCCGUCAAACCACCGCCCCUAGGAACAGCCUUAGCUUUGGGCCUCAGAAUGGGAAGCUUAGUGGGAAGGACACGAUCGAGGGCAGAAGCGGUUCCAGCCAGCUUAUCGACUCUUCUGUCAACGAUGACUACAACACAUUCCGCUCCGGAGUCUUCGCAAAGCGCGACGAUGCAAACCUUCUUGGAGGCCCGCUACCCAAGUCGAACGACGUCUCGUUUCCACAACAUCGCAGCAACAGCAACUCAGGCCUGCCUCAAGCUUAUCCUGGAGCCCCUCGUGGGUCUAUGUCCUUCUCUGCUUCUUCCAGACCCGCAACUAGCGGCAUCAGCUCUGCCACUUCUAUGGCGCCGAAACCGCAAUUCAGCGACGCUUUCGACUCCCCCUUAUCCUACAACACAGACGCGCCUACUGUCUUCACCAAAUUCGACCGUCCUAACAAACCCGUUGCUCCAAGACCGACUGAUUCGGCUUACGGCGAGUGGAUCGGUGGAAACAGCAUGACCCAAUCCCCAGUCGACGAAAGGAGGCGACCUUCAGCCACGGGCUAUUUCAAUGGGCUCCCUAGUGCUCCACCUUCGCGCAAUAAUAGCUUGCCACCGUCUCGACACAGUGACAGUCAGCCUGCCUGGCCCAUUCCUGCAAAUGCAGACCAGUUCUCUUCAUCCCAGGCCCCUACAACUUCUUUCCGCGUCAACAGCUUCUCUUCAACCUCAAGGCCUAAUGGCAGCUUCGGCGCGACGGAUACUCAAGCAGCGUCUUUGGCUCAAUUCUCGCAAAUGAGUUUGCAAGAUGAGUCUCACAGUUUCGCGCUCUCGAGACCUUCCUUCUCUAUGCCAUCUUUCCGCAACCAGUCUCCUUCAACCUAUACCCGCGAUGCUUCGAUCGAUCAGUAUGAAGAUGCCGAGGAGAUAUCUCGUGUACCUCCUGCCUUCGCUUCUGAUGCCUAUUCUAUGGCGUCUCAGACGACCGUUGAUUACCCUGCCUACCGCAUGUCACAAUAUCCCGAACGCUCCCUCGUGAACAGCAACAUGUAUAAUCCUCGAAACACCAACGCCAGUCCCUCUACCUUCGUCAACCAGAGAUUCCAGCAACAAUCAACUCAGGACAUGGACCAUCGUUACAUGCUCAAUCUCCCCUACUCUGCUGUUCCUGGUGGCUACUAUUCUUACCACCUACCGAACGGCUCUGCUAUACACAAUAUCCCUGCUGCGUAUCCUCCCGUGAAUGCGCAGAUGUCAAUCAGUGGUGUUCCAUCUAUGCCCUCCCCGAGAGGCCCACGAGAAUUGGAAACUGGUCACAGCCUGCGCAGUGCUCUUCUGGAAGACUUCAAAACCAACAACAAGACCAGACGCUACGAGUUGAAGGUGAGAUCUUUAGAGUAGCACACCUUGAAAUAAUGGUGUACUAAUAGCUUGUAGGACAUCUUCGAUCAUGUUGUGGAAUUCAGCGGAGACCAGCAUGGAUCACG